AUGUCUUUCCCCCGACCGAGCUCGCCGCGCGCGCGUAGAGCAUUGGAAGAGCGGACUUCCGCCCACACAAAUGAAAGAUUCCCAGGCCAGUCAUUGCGGAUGGUUUCGGCAGACCAGGAAGAGGUGGAUAUGUAUACCGCCACGCCUUUUCCGACCAAGCCAGAACAGAUCUUGCUGCCUCUUCCCGGCAAAGGUCAACAACAGUAUAUCUCAGACACCGGUUUCAGCUAUUCAGAUCACAUAGGACAACAGUCCUCGUCAACUUAUUCUUCACCCACUUUCAGUCAAGCUGCACCGGCCAGUCCGCGCGAUCUCUCCAUUGGCGAGGGCUGGGAUGUAUCGUCCACUGUUGAUGCCGGCAACUCGCCGCCACAGAUGUGGGAUGAUGACCCAACCUCUAGCAAGUCGUCGCUACCAGACCUUUCUUCGGGAAAAGCACCAGAUUAUGGACCCGAGAGUUCGGAUGCCGAGUUCUCAGAUGAGGAGAUGAUUGUUUUACCGACUGCCACGCCAACUAUCAAAGCAGUCCUCUCAUUGGCAUCCAUGUCGCCAAAGUCGUCUGACGAGUCUCUAGUUUCCAGCCCCAAUCUCGAGCAGUUUGGAACUCCGUCAAGUCCCAACUUUGUGACGUUGGAUAACUCUAGCAUGCACUUCCCUCGUCCUCCCACUGCAUCAUCAGAGACAGACCCACGAACAAACUCGCUUUCUUCGUUCAAUUCCCGGGGAACAGUUGUGAGACAUCCCGGUGCCACCCCCUGGUUCCAGACAACAUUCCAGACAGUUUCGUCUGAACGAUUGAGCUAUCGCACCCCGUCUUACGGCUCUAGCCCGCCUGUUCAAUCUGUGGCAUCCUUCCGGUCGUCAUCAAGGGCCCCCUCAGGUAGCCGCUCACGAUCUGCAACAUCUUCCUCACGCAGCCUGCGCUCCGCUUCUGACCUACAGGCCGCCAUCGACAGUGGCGUGCCCAUUCAAUAUCCCCGUAUUCGCGCACCGUCAUCCUCAAGCUCUCGUGCGGACACAUCGGUAUCAGAGCGUGACUUCAGCCCUGGCCCAGCAUCUGGUCGCUGCAACCCUCACUUGGCAUCCGGCCGAUGGAACCCCCACCUGUCAACUGUGUCAUCUAUCUGGUCCGCGGAUGAACUGACCAACCUCUCUGCCCAAGCCGACCACCGCUCAGACUCUGAUAACUCAAUCGCAGAGCCGACUCCACCGCCGCAAGCAGCUCUCAAAAAAGAACCCACCAGAUCCUCCGUGUGGCUCGUCGACAGCUCCAACGACAGUGAAGAUGAGUGUCUCGACAGCUUAGCCAAGCUACCUUCGCGCCCAAUGUUUGCUCAAAGUCUGUCCUCCGGCUCCAAGCGAAGCAACAGCACCCGCAGCAACCGCCCAGGAACCGGAUCCAGCACAAUCCUCAAUAUCCUGCCUACCUGGGCGAAGGUGUACUACCUGCGUGAGCCAAUGGGCCUGAACCCCACAUUGUCCAUUAUAGACGGCAGCCGACCACCCUCAACCCGGACCGGAACCUCAAACUCAAGUGUCUUCAACCUGGUCCCAGGUCCCCUUAAUAUCCCACGUCCCCGCUCCCCAGAACGCCCCGUCUCCCCCCAGCGCCAACAACGCCGUUUAGAAAGCGACCCGCGUGAUCCACGCGCCCACUGGGUCCCCUCUCCCCAACCCUCAGACGGCCAGUUCAGUGGGGCGCACCUCCACCGCCUGCGCCACAGCUGGUCUCCCCAUCUCCUGCCAGACAGACGAGUCCUCCAACACUCGAAGUCAGGCUGGCGCGCACCAUCUCUGGACUCACGCAACGAGCCAGUGUUUGGUCGGCGCAACAUCCAAGUCUAUUCGUUCUGCUUUGGGUUCAUCUUCCCGCUUGCUUGGUGCAUCGCGGCGUUCUUGCCUCUACCGCCUAGGCCCAAGAUGUCUCCAGAGAUGAUCGAGCAUGAGGCCGAUUGCGAUGUUGAGGUGGCGCUCGAGGCGCAGUGCAUGAAUCUCCAACAGCGUCGACAUGACAACGCACGCUGGUGGCGGAACCUCAAUCGGUGGAUGAUCUCCCUUGGGGUUGUUAUUAUUGUCAUCAUUAUCACGCUCGCUGCUAUCGGGACUACAACUGGGUUCUGA